AUAAGCCAUUUAUGAUUCAUCACUUAAUUCCAACACUAAGACAGUAAUUCUAAAUAGUUAAGUAAGAAUUUUACAUUUUCAAGUCAAAUAAUAGACAAGUUUAUAAUUUUUUUUUACCCGUUAUAUAAACAUACAAGAUUUAAAAUAUGAUGAAAAACCCAUUGACAAAUUUUGUUCGACUUCAAAAAUCGUUUAGAUUUCUACAAACAUCUUUGUUCAGUACCAAUAAGGGUCAUGUGCUGAUUGCUGGAGGAACUGGAUUUAUUGGCAAAAAUUUGAGAGAAUUUUUGUCGAAAGAAAAUUACAAAGUCACAGUAAUAUCUAGAAUUAAGACAGGAGAGAAACACAUCAUAAAUUGGGCAGAUUUAAUAAUUAAUGGCGUACCAAAUAAUGUAACUGCUGUGGUCAACUUAACCGGCGAGCCUAUCAUGGUUCCUUUCAAAGAUUUUGGAAAUAACUAUAAAAAAAAAAUUUGGACUAGUAGAGUUGGUUCUACAAUGUUACUUACUGAUAUCAUAAAUUCUGCCAAAUGCAAACCGAAUGUGUUUAUUACAAUCACGAGUACUGAUAUAUAUUCAUCAGAUGGAGAAGUCCACACGGAAAAAUUUAUUCCUACAGACCAGAUGGUGGACUGUAAUUUCUUCAGUAGAUUAGGAACAGAUUGGGAGCAAGCGUCAAAGUAUUUUCCCUUUCGUAAGGUAUCAAUUAGAACAGGAACUGUUCUUGGUGACAAUGGUGGAUUUCUCAAAUGCUUGAAAUACCCCACUGCUAUAGGUGUAGGGGCUCAGAUUGGAAACGGAUGUCAGCACCAGCCUUGGAUACACAUCUGCGACUUAUUGAACCUUAUACUAUUUUCAAUAGAAAAUGAUAAAAUAAGUGGAAUAUUGAAUGGGGUAUCACCAAAGGGUUUAACAAAUGGAGAAUUAACUACUAUUUACACACAUCUAUUAAAAAAGUCACCAGUGGUGUUAAAUAUACCAAGAAUGUUAUUGAAGGCAGCGUUUGGAGAAGAAAGGACAAAAUUAAUGUUGGAAGGAAGAAAAGUAUUACCAAUAAGAACUUUGAAUUAUGGAUUUAAAUAUAAAUAUUGUGAAAUCAAUGAUGCCUUAAAAAACAUAUUAGGGCAAUUUUCCUUUAAAAUUGUUAAUAUUAAUCUGAUCAUGAUUUCGAUGAGCCGAAAUUAUUCAAUGACAAGUAAAGGGAGAGUGUUAAUCGGAGGUGGAACAGGAUUUGUUGGAAAGUACUUGAAACAAUACCUCAAAGACCAUAAUUAUGAUGUUACUAUCAUAUCUAGAAAAAACAAUCAGUCUAAUAAAUCUGAUUCUGUUAUAAGCUGGGAUCAAGUAAAAAAAAAUGAAAUUCCACUUGAUACAGUAGCUGUUAUCAAUGCAGCCGGCGAACCAAUUCUUGAACCUACACGAUUUUGGACCAGCAAGUUUAAAAAAUCUGUAUGGGAUAGUAGAGUAUUGACUAAUCAAUGUCUUGUGGAUGCAAUCAAUAAAAUGAAUACACAAAAACCAAAAUUAUUUGUAUCAUUUUCCGGAGUAGGAAUAUAUCCACCAAAUACAGAUAAGUGUAAACCAUAUACAGAAAACUAUGAUGUUAAAGAAUUUGAUUACUUAUCAAAAUUAGCAAUUGGGAUUGAAAAAAGUGCUAUACCAAAAUCAGAAGAUGUACGUUCAGUAAUAAUAAGAUUAGGGGUUGUACUUGGGCGACAUGGUGGAUUUAUAAGUCAGCUUUAUCCAUUCUUUCGUUUUGGUUUUGGAAUAUGUAUGGGUAAUGGUUCUCAAUUCUUUCCUUGGAUACACAUAGACGACGUCUGUCGUUUAGUGUUGUUCGCUAUUGAAAACAAUGAGGUUGAAGGUAUUGUCAAUGGAGUUGCACCUGAAAUAAUUACCCAUCAUUACUUUGCCAAGAGCUUUGUUGAAGUCUUUGGUCAUAGUUUUGUAUUAAAAGUUCCUGGAUUUAUUUUCAAGUUAAUAUUUGGAGCGGAACGUGCAAAAAUGGUUUUAGAAGGACAAGCUGUCAAACAAACCAAAUUAGAUGGCUUAAAUUUUUUGUACAAAUUGCCUGAUAUUAAAACAGCAUUGUGUCGUGUUUCUCAGGAAUAAUUUGAUGUAUUGGCAAAGUUUACAAUCAUUUUGAUAUAUUUAAAGAUGAG